CGGCCCCCAAUCUCUUUUCCCUAAUCUUAACAAUUCCCACUGCAAAAUCCCAAACCCUAGAAUUUCACCUGCUUUUUUCCUCAUCAACCUCUCUCUCUGCAUCAGUGAAGCAAAAUGGGGUCCAACGAACAAACGGUACUGCAGUUCGUGCCAUCGCCCACAAGCGUGUCGGCUAGGGUUCAUCCACUUGUCUUAUACAACAUCUGCGACUGUUACGUGAGGCGGCCUGACCAAGCCGAGCGCGUCAUCGGCACGCUCCUGGGAUCGGUUUUACCCGACGGCACAGUCGACAUUCGCAACUCCUACGCCGUCCCUCACAAUGAGUCAUCGGAUCAGGUUGCAGUGGAUAUUGAUUACCAUCAGAAUAUGUUGGCAUCCCACCGGAAGGUGAACCCGAAGGAAGUCAUAGUUGGAUGGUUCUCAACUGGUGGAGUGACUCCAGGCAGUGCUUUAAUCCAUGAGUUUUACUCCCGAGAGAUCACCAAUCCUGUUCAUUUAACCGUUGACACCGAAUUUAGGAGUGGGACUGCCGCUAUCAAGGCAUUUGUCUCGAUUAAUCUGUCUCUUGGUGAUCAACAGCUUGCCACACAAUUUCAAGAAAUCCCACUGGACAUGCGCAUGAUCGAGGCAGAGCGUAUUGGAUUCGAUGUGCUUAAGCCGAUGAAUGUUGACAAGCUUCCAAACGAUCUGGAGGGAAUGGAGGCCUCUAUGGAACGGUUGCUUGCUUUAAUUGAUGAAGUCUAUAAUUACGUUGAUGAUGUUGUGGAAGGGCGAAGUGCUGCCGAUACUAAAAUCGGGAGAUUCAUAUAUGAUGCCAUAGCAUCCCUUCCCAAACUACCACCACAUGUUUUUGAUAAACUCGUGAACGAUGGUCUGCAGGACCAACUGCUAUUACUAUAUUUGUCGAGCAUAACAAGAACACAACUCAGCCUAGCGGAAAAGCUCAACACAGCUGCCCAGAUUCUUUAGUCGGUUGUAUUCUCUCGCUAAGCCUGCAUUUUUUGGACAAAUUGUUUUCUUUUCUUAUUUUGCUGCUUUUAGGUUGUUAGCAGCCGAGUUUUGUUUGUACUGUCUGAGUAUAAUUUUACGUGAGAAUUGAUUGAAUAGUCGUUCUUGAUAAGUGGUUUGCCAAUGCAUACAAUAUUUUACUGGAACAUUAAAUGAAAGGUGCAUGUGAUUCAAUUCUUCAGUAUCAAUUUUGUAUUUUUAUUUAUUUUUGUUAUUAUAAGUUCAAAGACAUUCAA